AUGAGUCUUGCUCUGCAGCACGAGAGUGACCUUUGCCAGUUACCACACACUGUGGUCUGGCCUAACCAGGCUGCCGCAGCUCCAGUUGCGCCACCCCAUGCCGCCCCUCUCAUUGUCGCUNCCUCCCCUAUUGCCCCUGCUAUUUUUGGCCCUUCAGCCGCAACCGGAAACACUAUCGUGUCUUCUGAUGAUGACUCGGACGGGUUCGACGACGAGCACGAGGAGAUGGACCAGGACGUGGACCCAGCAUCUCCUGCCUCCAAACAUACUGUCCUCGUUAGCACGAUCGCAGACAUCAUUCGCAGAACGACAGUCAUUGGUCGUUACUACACUGAUCGGAUCGAUGAGCUGUCCAUUCCCGAAGGCACUCACGAGGUUGUCGGCAUUGAUGGACGUCCCAUUGAAGUCAAUCCAGCCGGAAUGCGACGAAAUGCUGCAAUGAUUCUCUAUCACGCCAUUGAGGAGCUUGAGUUGGCAGAGGCAGGUCUGAAAGCCGGUGGUCUGCAAGAAGAUCAAUUGGAGAGUCUGGCAAUGAGAGCCUGUGAAGCGAUGAGCCAGAUGUCCGUCGCCCUUACCUGGUAUCAGACUCAGAAAGGAAACACUGAAGACGAUAUGGGAAGACUGAGCAUGAUGCAUAGUGCCAUCGUUGACAACUUCGAUGUUGUGAAGGACGACGAGGGCGAGAACGAGAUGCAAGGGAAAGGAGGCAACUGUUAA